UGGCAAGGAGUCAAGAGACGCUGGGGAGAGACCUGACAAUACCUAGGAGCUGUGUCACCUGGAGCUCAACUGGCUGAGCCUGUUCUCUUCACGUGGAAAACCAGGGUGGAUGACCGUCGGUGCUCACCCGACGGAAUGACUGGAGUCAAAUGAGAGGGAUCCGCUCCAGUGCAGGGUCAGCUGCAUUGGGCAUCCCAACGGGAGACGACUGGCAGCAGGGGGCUGUGAGCGCCGCACUCCACCGCUCCCAUUCCCGCCAGCAGGGGGCGUGACACGGGGGGGGGGUCCUGCGCACGAUGCCCCAGAGAAGGACGGCCAGUGGCUCAUCUACCAGGAAGGGAUCCCUGGUCACCUCCCUUGUCCUGUUCUUCCUGGAUGGAACGAGAAGAUAAACGGGGCGUGUGUGAAGCCCAGGACUCAGAAGACAAGGGGAUGGGCUCUGAUUUUGAGAACUCUGAAGACAGGGAAGGGGACCCAGAAGACAGAGGAAUGGGCUCUAACCCACAUGACGCAGACAAGAGAGAAUGCCACCUGGAGCAGGAGAUGGGCUCCAACCCACAGGAUGAAGCUCUAAGAGGGGACUCAGAGGAGAGGGAACUAGUGUCUAACAUCUGCACAGGGGGGCUGCUGAGCGAGGAAGAAGGGGUUGCUCUCCGUGAGGAAGAGGAUGACCAAGCUGGAGUAGCUGAGAUGGCGAUGUUCGCAGGGCUGUCGGAGUCCGUCGGCAUUUCCCGGAGCCCCCAGGAAGAGGAGGAAGAGGAGCAGCCGCCUCCUGCCGUGCUUCCCUGGAGGCGGCACCUCUCCCUGGGGAGUCGACACCGGGGUGACAAGCCCGCCCACCGCCGAUUCCGCCGGCUCCACCACCCCAUGGCCAUGGACCUCGGGGAGCUCGACAGCCUGAUGGCCAGCAUCAUGGACGCGCCCACCAUCUGCCCCGACUGCGGGGAGAGCUUCAGCCCGGGCGCCGCCUUCCUGCAGCACCAGCGCAUUCACCGCCUGGCGGAGGCCGCCGCGGCCGCCAGCCUGGAGCCCUUCGGCUUCGCAGGCGAGUGCGGCGGGGUGGUGGGGAUGAUGGGCGUGGGCGUGGGCGUGGCCGGGGGCUUCGGGGCGGGGCCCGCGCUGGCCCGGCCCCCGCGCGAGAAGCCCUUCCGCUGCGGGGAGUGCGGCAAGGGCUUCAGCCGCAACACCUACCUGACCAACCACCUGCGGCUGCACACGGGCGAGCGGCCCAACCUGUGCGCCGACUGCGGCAAGAGCUUCAGCUGGCGCGCCGACCUGCUCAAGCACCGGCGCCUGCACACGGGCGAGAAACCCUACCCGUGCCCCGAGUGCGGCGAGGCCUUCAGCCUCAGCUCGCACCUGCUGAGCCACCGGCGGGCGCACGCGGCGGCCAGCGGUGCGGGGCCGGCGGCGCUGCGGCCCUUCGCCUGCGGGGAGUGCGGCAAGGGCUUCGUGCGCCGUUCGCACCUGGCCAACCACCAGCGCAUCCACACGGGCGAGAAGCCGCACGGCUGUGGCGAGUGCGGCAAGCGCUUCAGCUGGCGCUCGGACCUGGUGAAGCACCAGCGCGUGCACACGGGCGAGAAGCCCUACAUGUGCUCCGAGUGCGGAGAAACUUUCAGCGUCAGCUCUCACCUCUUCACGCACAAGCGCACGCACUCGGGUGAGCGGCCGUACGUGUGCCGCGAGUGCGGCAAGGGCUUCGGGCGCAACUCGCACCUGGUGAACCACCUGCGCGUGCACACGGGCGAGAAGCCCUUCCGCUGCGGCCAGUGCGAGAAGCGCUUCAGCGACUUCUCCACGCUCACGCAGCACCAGCGCACGCACACGGGCGAGAAGCCCUACACGUGCAUUGAGUGCGGCAAGAGCUUCAUCCAGAGCUCGCACCUGAUCCGCCACCGCCGCAUCCACACGGGCAACAAGCCGCACAAGUGCGCCGGCUGUGGCAAGGGCUUCCGCUACAAGACGCACCUCGCGCAGCACCAGAAGCUGCACCUGUGCUAGGGCUGCGCCCGACGGAGGCUGCGCACUGGGGGGCGG